UACAUCGUGUGGUAAAAAUGCAAACGAUGUGUCAUCAACAAAGCGUAAAACAAGGGUGGGAUUUAUAUUAUUGAGAAAUCUAGGGACAAAUCCAACGUACCCAUACAUUUACAAGCUUUCCAUAGAUUAAAGUCAGAGCUAAAGACUCGAUGAAGGAGCUGUCAUAGAGAAGCUGGGUGUCUGGACCUGCAGAGAUACUCCUCCUACAGUGGACUGCUGCUGUUGUUAGCACACAGGCUAACUGUGAGCUGUGUUUAUAAACCCUGUCCAUCGGGGUCAGGACGGGACGGGACAGAGAUGUCCUGCUGCUUGUUGGAGUUCUGUCGUGUCCAGGAUCUCAAAACUGUCAGAGAGUUUUUAUUCCAAAACCAGAAACUUGAACCGCCGGAGGAUAACACUCAAACUGCAGAGAAUGAGCUUUCGUGGGACACUUCAGACUGGGAGUCGGCCUGGGAUCACCCGGAGGAGCCAAAGGGAGAUGGCAAUACCGUCUCCACGGUGGGGGAGGAGAGUGUGGCGCAGACGGCUCCCUGGAUGCAGGACUGCGUCGUGGCGCUGUCGCCCUGCUCGGACCUGCUCGUGGUGGCCCGCGACCACAGGGCCGUCUUCCUCACGGCUAAGUGGCGUUCAGGAGACAGUGGCCGGGAGGAGAUGACACUGGCAGUCUCCUGGAGUGGAACCCUCAGCGCUGAGGACGGGGAGUGUGUCAGCAGUGUCAUCUGCAUACCUUUGGCCAGCCAGAAGAGAAGCUCAACAGGGCGGCCUGAUUGGACCUGCGUAGUCGUGGGAUUCUCCUCAGGCUAUGUUCGCUUCUACACAGAGUACGGGGUCCUGCUCCUCUCCCAGCUGCUGAAUGAAGACCCCGUGCUGAGACUCAAGUGUCGCACGUACGAGAUCCCCCGUCACCCCGGCGUCACAGAGCAGCACGAAGAGCUCAGCAUCCUGUACCCCGCCGCCCUGGUCACCAUCGACGGCUUCAGCCUCUACCAGUCCCUACGCGCCUGCAGGAACCAGGUGGCCAGAGCGGCGGCAGCAGGCAGUGACUCCAUCCAGCCCCCUCCCCUGGCCUACAAGAAGUGGGGUCUGCAGGACAUGGACACCAUCGUGGACCACAGCAGCGUGGGCAUCAUGACCCUGUGUGUGUUCGACCAGAUGAAGAACGCCUCCACCCUGGGGGGCUUCCACGCCACGGUGAAGGGCAGCCCCCCCGCCAUGAGUCAGUACAUCACAGUAGGGGGAGGGCCCUACACAGGCUUCUACUACGCCAUCGAGGGGAGCUCCCAGCCUCUGCUGUCCCACGUGGCUCUGGCCGUGGCCAGCAAGCUCACCUCCGCUCUCUUCAGCGCUGCCAGUGGGUGGUUAGGAUGGAAGAACAAGAGCGAGGAGGAGCCAGCCCAGAAGCAGAAGCCCAAGGUGGAACCGGCCACACCCAUGGCAGUCAGGUUCGGUCUCCCGGACUCCCGGCGCCAUGGCGAGUCCAUCUGCCUGUCGCCGUGCAACACGCUGGCCGGCGUGACGGACGACUUCGGGCGCGUCACGCUGCUGGACGUGGCCCGCGGCAUAGCCAUCCGCAUGUGGAAGGGUUACCGGGACGCCCAGCUGGGCUGGGUGCAGGUCUCGGAGGGGCGGGGCGACAGGGAGUCGUCCCCGUCGGCGCCCCUCCCCCGGCGCCACGCCCAGUUCCUGGUCAUCUACGCGCCGCGCAGGGGCAUCCUGGAGGUGUGGGGCACGCAGCAAGGGCCCCGCGUGGGCGCCUUCACCGUGGGCAAGCACUGCAGGCUGCUAUACGCUGGCUACCGUCUGAUGGGGGUGAACAGCGUGACCAGCCAGGGCUGGCAGCUCCACACCCAGCAGGUGUGUCUGCUGGACCCGACCAGCGGAGCCCUGAGGACCAUCACCGUGCCCUUCCACCUGGCCCUCAGUGACAAGAAGAGUGAGCGGGCCAAAGACAUGCACCUCCUCAAGAGGUUGACCACCAUCCUCCGGAGCCGAGAGGUGGAGCCAGACAUCCUGGAGAGCGAGGCCAAGAGUGUGCUGCUGGAUAUUAAACACCCGGCCAUUAAGAAGCAGGCGCUGGAGUCACUGCUGGCCAAUAAGAAGGCUCCGGUCUCGUGUCUGACUGGUGUCACUCGAGCCUUGCACGACAGUCUCAGGGAGCAAGACCCGGAGGCGGUGGAUGAGGCUCUGCUUCAGCUCUGCUCCUCUCAGCUCAAGCUACUGACGCUCUACACAGACCUCCAGCAGCUGCAGUCUGCUGAGGACACACAGCCAGGCCCCGCAGACUCUGACUCUGCAGUGGGCGUGGAGGAGGAGCUGUCCCGUGUGGACGGCGCCCUGCGGCGCUACGCCCAGCUGGCCUCGCGGCCCAGCGUGUCCUUCGCCCAGGACUCCCCGGACGCCCCGCUGCCCGCGCGCACCUUCCUGUCCCAGCUGGAGGGCGGCGAGGGCGGCGAGGUGGUGGUGGUCCGCAACGGGGACGAGGCGUGGAACCGGCUAGGGAGCUUCCUCUUCUGGGGCUGUCUGACUGGACAGAGCCCUAUCCACCGGGUGUGCAACAAGCUGGAGCUGGCUGGCAUCAGUCCACAGCAGCUCCUGUCCCUGCUGCUCAGUGUGUGGCUCCACAGGGAGAAGGAGGUGAUUACCAAGCCAGAGGACAUCGUUAGGAACUUCCACACACUACUCAUCGCCCUGAGCAACAUGAAAGGAGCGGUGGAAGAGUCCUGGGACUCCCAGUCUGUCUCCCCCUGGUGGCAGCAGGUGCGCAGUGCGUGCGUCCAGUCCAACAGCGCUGGCGCCGCCCUGCUGGCCGCGCUGGUGGCCCACCGCGCCGCCAAGUCCAGCAUCACCCGCCUGUCGGACAGCAAGAUCCAGGCAGACUGGGAGGCGGUGUCCCUGGAGCUGGAGCAGUGGGCGGUGUGUGUGCGGCAGCUCGAAGACGUGCUGGCCCUUCAGACGCUGCUGUGGCUGCCGUCCCCCCUGGGCCCAGCAGGGGGAGCUCCGGCGCAGUGCUGCGCCAAGAGCCUGCAUGAGGGGGGAAGAGGGGGCGUGGCGGACAGCGUGGCCAAGUGGGUGUUCAGGCAGAACCUGGCGCCCGAGAGGCUGAAGGAGAUCCUCCUCCUGCACAAGAGGGGGAGCAGGGAGGAGACUGAGGGAAGGGAGAAGGAGGAACAGCAGGAGCACAGAAGAGGAAGGGAAACGAAAGAGAAGGAGGAGGAGGAGAAGGAUAGCCCUGAGGACUUGGACAGGACAGCAGAGCUGCUGGUGGCAGUCAGUCAGCGCUUCCCCGACUCCCUCUCCCCUGACCUGCUGCUGGCCCACUGCUGCUGGGAGUACGUGGUGCAGUGGAACAAAGACCCGGAGGAGGGGCUCUAUCUUUACUGGGCCGUGGAGCAUCUCAAGCUGGUGUCCAGCCCCCACAUCCAGCUGGGGAUCUCCUCCAUGAUGUGGAGCACGUUCAUGGUCAAGCGCUUCUCCGCCGCCGCCUACCUCAUGGAAAAGGUUGGGAAGGCCCCAAAAGACCGCUUAUGCCGACGGGACGUGGGUAUGAACGACAGAGCCGUGACCACCUUCAUGGGCUCCAGCGUCCAGCUGCUGCAGAUCCUCAUAGAGGCGGACUCUGCGGUGGAGGAGGUGGCCCCCCCGGAGCUGUGCGUGGAGGAGGUGUGGUGCGGGGCCCAGGGCCCGGCCUCCAUCGCCGAGCUGGCCCUGGAGCAGCGCGGGGUCCACUUCCCCCUGGUGCAGCACCACUACCUGCUGGCCGCGCUGCUGCACGCUGCCAUGACCUUCGGCCUGCGGGUCAAACCCCUCAGCCUGUUUGACAGCAAGGGCAAGAACGCCUUCUUCAGAGAGCUGACGUCCAUCCAGCUGAUGCCCAGCGGGGACAUGGACCCCGGGCUGGUGUCCCUACGCCAGGAGUACCUGCUGCGCGUGCUCACGGCCUGGGUGCAGGCCACAGACGAGCCCCCGGCCCCCGGCUCGGCCCCCUCGGGGCCCGGCGGCCCGCCCCCUCUCCCGGGGGGCGGGCCGAGGGCCGACUGGUGGCCGUCGCUGUGCCUGGAGCUGGGCGUCCUGCUGCAGGUCAACCCCGACGUCCUCCGCCGACACCUGGUCUGUGAGCUCUACAACCAGGGCCUGGACCCCCGGGCUGAGGAGGUGAUGCUGGAGGUGGAGGACAAGGACGUGCUGGGCUCCCAGCUGCUGGUUCUGACGGGCCAGCGCCUCAGCUACUCCCUGCUGCACAGCCAGAGCCAGACCAGGGGCGCCAUGGAGCUGCUGGCCCGCCUGCCCCCCACCCUCUGCACCUGGCUCAAGGCCAUGGACCCCAGCGAGCUCCGCUGUCCCAUGGUGCCCCUGGGCCAGAGCCGACGCUUGGUGAGCCGCCUGAUUGAGAUCCUGCCUGAGAACCACGCCCAGUACAGCCUGGCCCUGCACCUGCUGGAGGCCGUGGAGGCCCUCACCACCGAGGCCUGAGCCCUCCUGGCCCCUAGAGGGAGACAGAGAGACACAAACAAAUAGUUGUACAUAAAGUGCUAGUCUUACACACACACGAAGCGGGCCGCGGGGGGGGGUUUGUGUGAGAGGAGAUGAAUGCAAUGAAAAGGAUCACAAGAGGUGAUGCUGGAGGAGAGUGAAGGUGUGUAUAUAAAGGGGUUGGGUGUUCAUUAAAGAGCUAUAUAGACACUAUGUACAGCCAUACAGUAUAUUACCCCUCCUCCUCCUACACCUAUCUUUGUUGUAGCUUCAUCCCACUAUUUCAACUGACGGGUAUUGUGUUGGUUAGGUUCUGACGGAGAUUACACCUGUAGUUUGUUGCAUUAAGGCGCACAGACACUACAUUUCAAGAGCUUUUCAAGAGCCCGUCGUCCCAGUUAUUUUUUCCAUGUCUCUGUUUUACUUGUCUCUUGCUUUCAAACGUUGAUGCUUGAUUUAGCUCAUGACAAGCAUGCUUCUUCUUCACAGUGGAUUAUAACAGAAGCAUUAAUAUCAUUGUAAAUAAAAUGGUAAGCAGCACCCUUAAUAAAAAAAAAAAAGGAUUGGUUUUAAAUGGGUUUUACUCCCAUAUGUCAUUGUAUUUUUUUUGGAUGAAAUAUGUAACAUAUCUAUAUGGAGAGGAAAAGAGACUUGAAGAUUUAUGGUUUCAUGUUGCCCUGGCUACCAGGGAGAAUGGACAUCGCUUGUUCUUUAAUAGUAGUGUCCUUGUAAUUCUACUCUCAUUCACGGAGUUGAUUGCGUUCCUUUCGCUAAUGGCUUUUAAGUAUUACACCGUUCAGCGACCUUAUCCUCUUCACGUGCCAUAAUAGUCCCUUCUCCAGCGUUUAUUCACUCGUAGCAACCUUCGAGGGUAACGGCGUGCAUUCGAGAGGAAUGGAGCCGAUCGUUAGUUAAUAUUUUUUGUAUUUAUAGCCACAAAUGGUAUGGUAUGCCUGCCCCCCCUUCGCGAAGGCUGCAGAAUUAAAAAAGGUUUGAUGCUUCUCACCAACUAA